AUGAAUGUGGUCAUGUGUGAAAUGCAUUCUCCCACGUGCAGCACCGUCAUUUCAUCUUUCCACCACCUUAAUCGCCGGAGAAACAUUCGGAACCCUAGCAUAUUACGCGCCAAAUCCUCAAUUCUCAUUCCCAAACAGGACUCCAAACUAAAGGAUCCCUUAUCAGACUCCGCAUCUCGACGCCUCAUCCUUCUUCGCCAUGCCGAGAGUUCUUGGGAACAAACUGCUCUCCGCGACCAUGACCGGCCACUGAGUAUGUCAGGUAAGGAAGAUGCUGUGAAAGUUUCUCUCAAGCUCCAACAGUUGGGUUGGAUUCCUGAACUUAUACUGUCUAGCGAUGCGGUGCGUACUAAGGAGACACUUAAGAUAAUGCAGGAGCAAGUGCAAGAACUACUGGAAGCCGAGGUUCAUUUUGUUUCUAGUUUCUAUUCCAUUGCGGCUAUGGAUGGGCAAACUGCAGAUCACCUUCAAAAGGUUAUUUGUAAAUACUCAAGGGAUGAGAUAUUAACUGUCAUGUGCAUGGGGCAUAACAGGGGGUGGGAAGAGGCAGCUUCAAUGCUUUGCGGGGCAUCUGUAGAAUUAAAGACGUGCAAUGCUGCACUGCUUGAGACUGCUGGGAAAUCUUGGAACGAGGCAUUUGCCGCAGCAGGAUUCGGUGGGUGGAAGCUUCAAGGCAUAUUAAAACCAAGUAGCUAG